AUGAGCCUGCUCGGGAGCUACCGGAAAAAGCCGGGCAGUGAUGGCUAUGAAUCCUUGCAGCUCGUGGACAGCGGCGCUGAGCGCGGCGGGGCGGGCGCGGGGCCGGGCCGGAGCCCCGGGCGGCAGCAGCAGCAGCAGCAGCCCCGAGCCGACGGCAGCACCAUGGACAGCUCAGGUGCCUCGUCACCAGACAUGGAGUCCAGCUACGGGGGAGGCCUGCUGGACAUGGUCAAAGGAGGAGCUGGGAGGCUCUUCAGCAACCUGAAGGACAACCUGAAGGACACCCUGAAGGACACCUCCUCCAAGGUCAUGCAGUCUGUUGCCAGUUACACCAAGGGAGAGCUGGAUAUUUCCUACAUUACCUCAAGGAUCAUAGUGAUGUCUUUUCCUGCUGAAGGAGUGGAGCUGGGAUUCAGGAACCACAUUGAGGAUGUCAGGACAUUCCUGGAUUCCAGACAUCCCGACCACUACACCGUGUUCAACUUGUCACCCAAAUAUUAUCGCAGUGCCAAGUUCCACAACAGGGUGUCUGAGUGUAGCUGGCCCGUCCGGCAGGCGCCCAGCCUGCACAACCUCUACGCUGUCUGCAAGAACAUGCACAACUGGCUGCAGCAGAACCCCAAAAACGUCUGUGUCAUCCACUGCAUGGACGGCCGUGCAGCCUCAGCAGUUCUGGUCAGUGCAAUGUUCUGCUUCUGUCACCUCUUCUCUCAUCCUGGCCCUGCCGUGCAGCUGCUGAACACAAAGAGACCUGGAAUUGUACUGUGGCCAUCUCACAGGAGGUACAUAGGAUACAUCUGUGACCUAAUAGCAGACAAACCUGUCAUCCCCCACUGCAAACCACUCACGAUCAAGUCAGUCACCCUCAGCCCCGUGCCCUGCUUCAACAAGCAGCGCAACGGCUGCCGGCCCUUCUGCGACAUCCUCAGCGGGGAGACCCGGAUCCUCAGCACCUCCCAGGAGUACGAGAGGAUGAAAGAAUACCGUGUGCAGGAAGGGAAGGUCCUGAUCCCCCUGGGAGCCACUGUCCAUGGAGAUGUUGUUGUCUCUGUCUACCACAUGAGAUCGACCAUCGGGGGACGCCUCCAAGCCAAAAUGACCAACACACAAAUAUUCCAAAUUCAGUUUCAUACUGGAUUCAUAGGCCUGGGAACAACCACUCUCAAAUUCACCAAGCCUGAGCUGGAUGCCUGUGACUCUCCAGACAAAUAUCCUCAGCUCUUUCAUGUUAUACUGGACAUAGAAAUACAGUCUGCAGACAGACAAACUGAAUUGACUCCCCCAUGGGAGAACUUCACCACAAAAGACAUCAAUCCCUCCAUUCUCUUCUCCUCCCACCAGGAGCACCAGGACACUCUUGCUUUGGCAGGGAGAGGUGCCACGGAUUCCCCCCAGGAUAACAUCAGGAACGUUGGGCAGAGCGCAUUCUUCUCCUCUCUCAGCUGGCAAGAUCAGAAAUCUGACAAAAGUAGCUCUCACCCCACCUCAGAGGAUCGAGCAGCGUUGGUGCAUGAGGAAAGCGAACAGUCAGAUGACGAACUCUUGUCCCUUUCCAGUCAGCACAGUAAUGCCAGCGGUGACAAGCCCCACGGGACACCCAAACACAGCAAAAAGCAGCAAGAGCCUCCAGCAGCACCUCCCCCUGAAGACGUGGACCUGCUGGGCCUGGAUGGCAGCCCCAUGAGCAAGAGCUUUCCCUCACAGCCCAGCGCUGCCCCCUCUAACUCUGACCUGCUGAAUGAUUUGUUUGGGGUCUCCCAGAGCCCCGGUGCAGCUGCUGCUGAGGAGGUUUUCCACGUGGGGGGACCUGGAUCCGUGCACUCGACCCCGCGGCGCUCGGCGGCUUCGGCGUCGCCGUCGCCGUCACCGAGGGUAGGAGAAGCCACUGCCUUUGAUCCAUUUGGAAGUAGCCCCAAGCAAACUGGUCCAGACCUCCUGGGCUCCUUCCUUGGCUCAUCAGCUGGCCCAGGGGAUCCUUUCCUUCAAGCCACAAGAAGCCCUUCACCAACUGUGCACAAUGAUCCCUUUCACAUGGCUUCAAGCACUCCAACUGUUUCCAUCCAACCCGAUGUUUCCAGUGGUUGGGACUGGCCCAACAAAGCAGGUGGUCUAGGAAUGGGAAGUAAGUCUGCUGCCACCAGUCCUACAGGAUCCCUCCACAGCACUCCCACUCAUCAGGCUAAACCCCAAACACUGGAUCCAUUUGCUGAUCUGGGAAGUCUUGGAGCGAGUGGCCCCUCGUUCGCCAGCAAGCCCACCACACCGACGGGCAUGGGCCCCCCGUUCCCCCCGUCCCCGCAGAAGCCGCAGCAGCCCAUGGCCGGUGGCAGCGGGUGGCAGCAGGGCACGGGCUACGGCUGGCAGGGGACGCAGCCCAAAGGGCAGCCCGGCGUGCCCCACGCCUCCCCCCAGAACAAACCCAACUACAACGUGAGCUUCUCGCAGGGGGCGCAGGCGGAGCGGGGCAAAGGAGCCGCGAGUGUUGAUUCCAAGCCAAAAGUGUCUGCAGAUUUCGAAGAUUUAUUAUCUGGCCAAGGUUUUAAUGCUCACAAGGACAAGAAGGGCCCCAAAACAAUAGCUGAGAUGAGAAAAGAAGAAAUGGCAAAGGAGAUGGACCCUGAAAAACUAAAAGUCCUGGAGUGGAUUGAAGGGAAGGAGAGGAACAUCAGGGCACUGCUGUCCACCAUGCACACGGUGCUGUGGGCAGGGGAGACCAAGUGGAAGCCUGUGAGUAUGGCAGACCUGGUGACUCCAGAGCAGGUGAAGAAGGUGUACAGGAGGGCUGUGCUCGUCGUCCACCCCGACAAGGCUACUGGGCAGCCAUAUGAACAAUAUGCAAAGAUGAUAUUUAUGGAGCUAAACGAUGCCUGGUCAGAAUUUGAAAACCAAGGACAAAAACCCUUGUAUUAG